AAGGUUAUGUAGGUAUUUAUUUCUUCGUAUGAUGUGUCAAAGUUUUAGCAUAAAUAGUGAUUAUCGUUUUUACUGUUAUUGUAGCAUUUCAAUAUAAAUGUGAAGAUAAUUAAACACAUUUCACUGUUCAUACAAUGGCUGUUGUGAUUGAAACUACUCUUGGUGACAUCACGGUAGAUUUAUAUCUAGAUCAAAGACCCGUAACAUGUUUGAAUUUUUUGAAGUUGUGCAAGAUGAAAUAUUACAACUACAACCUGUUCCAUACGAUCAGAAGUGGCUUCAUAGCUCAGACAGGUGAUCCUACCGGAGAAGGUUCGGGCGGACAGUCUAUAUUCGGUCUUCUGGAAGGACCAGACAAGCGAUUCUUUUCUGGCGAAAAAAUGCCAAAGAUUCGGCAUACAGGAGCAGGUUUACUCUCUAUGGUGGGCACCGGAGACAUGAUGAUCGGAUCGCAGUUCUUCUUUACAUUGGCACCUGAUUUAGAUUCAUUAGAUGGUAUUCACUGUGUUAUCGGCGAGGUUACUGAAGGGCAUGAUGUGUUGAGAAAAUUGAACGAUGUCAUAUGUGAUGAAGGCUACCGUCCGUACCGCGAUGUACGGAUUACACACACUGUAGUACUUGAAGACCCCUUUAAUGAUCCCCAUGGACUGAGGGCUCCUUCAAGAUCACCAUCCCCAAGUGCCGAGCGUCUGAAGGGAGGUAGAAUCGCUCCAGAUGAAGAAAUCGAUGAAACCCAGGGCAAGUCUGCAGCUGAAAUACAAGAAAUGAUUGAAGAAAAAGAAGCUAAGGCUCGUGCAACCAUUCUAGAAAUUGUUGGUGACCUGCCAGAUGCUGAUAUUGCCCCUCCUGAGAAUGUUCUGUUUGUUUGCAAACUAAAUCCAGUUACUACUGAUGAUGACUUAGAGAUCAUAUUCAGUAGAUUUGGUAAAAUUGUAAGCUGUGAGGUCAUAAGAGAUAAGAAAACUGGUGACUCUCUACAAUACGCUUUCAUUGAAUUUGAUGAUAAAAAAUCCUGUGAAGAUGCUUAUUUCAAAAUGGACAAUGUGUUAAUUGAUGACAGAAGAAUACAUGUUGAUUUCUCUCAGUCGGUAUCAAAGAUGAAGUGGUUGGGCAAAGGAAGAGGUGUUAAGUAUUUCAAUGAUGAUGAAGCUCAGGAAAGGGAAAAAGGAAACAAUGUAAAAAAUGAUAAGUAUGCACAUUCUAGAAACAAAGCUAAUGAUCAUAAGAAUAAUGAUAGACACCACAGCAAUAAUAAAAGGCAUGAUGACCGAGAGAAAGAGAAAGAAAAAGAACACAGAUCAGACAGACACAGCCGACGUGAGAGAGAAUCAAACCAUAGGGCUGAGGAAAGGUCAAAUAGGAAGAGAAGUAGAAGUCGCUCUAAACGAGACAGAUCAAGAGAUGGCAGGAAUAAUCAUACUAAUGACAACAAUGUUUCAAGAAAUUCUGACAGAAGUAUCAAGGAAUAUAAUAGAAACGACUCUAGCAGAUAUAAUAAUGAUAGAAAAAGAGAUGGGUCAUCGGACAAUAAUAUCUCUCGCAGUUCUAAUAGAACAAGUAAAGAUAAUAAACAUGAAUCUAAUAAAAAAGGAAAUGAAACAAGUAAAAAUAAUGAUCAUGGGGUAUCAAGAAAUUCUGAAAGAAGCACAAGAGAGUACAAACACGAUUCUGAUAGACAUGAAAAUGACAGGAACAAAUUAAAACAUAAUGAUAAAAACUCUUCAAGGAGUUCUGAUAAAAAUGUUAAAGAGUACAAACAAGACUUACAAAGGAAUGAAUAUGUAAAAAAUAGAGGUAAUUAUGAUUGUGAACAAAGGGCAAAGGCUUCACCAGCCAGGCAAAAAGAAUCAGAUAAAUCGAUAGAAAAUAAGAGUAGACAUGAGUACAAUGACAGAUAUAUUGAUAGAGAUGUACAAAGCAAUAAACUAAAACGUAAAAGUGAAGAUGAUCCAGAAACAAAAAGUAAGAAGCAUAAAAAAGAUGGUCAGAAUAUUGAAGCCAGAACUCCCACGCCUACAGAUACUAAGAAGAAACUGAAAACUUCAAGCAAACACACCAUUAAAAAGGUCAAAACUAAAAAAGUUGUGAAAAAGAAACGUAAACAAUCAACAUCAUCUGACUCUUCAACAGAAUCAAGUUCUUCAAGUAGUACUGAAUCUAGUUCAUCAAGUGAAGAGGACCGUAAGAAAAAAUCUUUGAAAAGAAGAAAGAAAAAGUACUCAACCUCUAGCACUAGCAGUAGUGACAGCACAUCUAGUUCAUCAUCUAGCACUGACUCCAGUAGCUCGUCAAGCUCCAGCUCAGAUGAUGGUAAAAGGAAAAAAAGGAGGAAACAUUCAAAUAAAAAGAAAAAGUUAUAGGAGAUUAUUCAUUUUAGGAAAAAAAUAAUUAAACUAAAACGUUUUAAGUGUGUGUUUAGUUGACCUUUGCUGAAGCUAAGUUUUAGUGGCUUGUUUGCAUGUCACAUAGUUUUAAGAGUCUCAAAUGUAAAUUCCUUGUGGCCAUGUAUGUACUGCCUUUAAUUAAAUAGUUUAAAUAACUUAGAAUGACUUGACAGACUGAAAAAGCAUACUUACAUAGUACACUAUUCUAGUAAAAGACACUGAUAGAGUCAUUUAUAUAACAACAUUAAAAGCAAUAAUUAAAUAAUCAUUAAGUACUUAUGUCAACUUAGAUCUAUUUGGUAUUGCAUCCUACUUGUCUAAUUGGAACCAAUUGUAUAAUGUUAAAAAUAAGAUUUAAAUGAACGUAACACCAAUAAAUUUUAAAUUGGGAAUGCA